CAAAACAUAGAAUCCACAUGUCUCGCUGCUAACAACAUGGACAGCAGAUAACAAUAACAUCAAACCCCACUUCUUAAUAAGCCCAAACCCCUUGGAAAAAAAAAAAAAAACUAAAGAAACGAGAGGAAACCCUAUUUUUAAAUUCAACCCCCCCAAUCUCCUCCUUCACUUUCAGACACUCAUCAAGAGCACUCCCUUUCUUUGCUUUAUCCCCGUCUCCUUAGCCUCCUCUCCUGGGCAUCUUCUCUCUCUCUCUCUCUCUCUCUUCAUGAUCUUUAUGUCCCUCAUUCUCUUAACAGUUUGUUUUCUUCCGAACAAGCAGAAGCAGCAGCAGCAGCAACAGCAACAACAGCGACAGAGCCGAAAAGAAGCCAAUUCUGCAUGAACCCUUAAAGUAUAUCCCCCACACCAGACGGUUUCGGAAGGAGGGUUUUUGAAGGGGGCAAAGAAAAGGGUGGACUAAAAGGAAGUGACCCAAGACAAGGAAAAGUGUUUUGAACUCGAGAAAUUUCUGAUUCAACCGCAAGUGAGAAAGCUGAAAAGGGAAGAAAAAAGCUCAGCUACACAAACAGAGAGAGGGAAAGGGAGAGGGAGGGAAUGGUGUGAAAAAGCUUCAAGGCCUCGGAGAGAUCCAACCAUCCGCACGAGGUCAACGUGAGCUAAGGGAGAGAAAAGAAGGCGAAGAAACACAAAAAAAGUUGGAAGAAACAAAAAGACGAUAAACGCAGGAUCCGGAGCUUCGCUAGUUUGCACACAGCCAUCGUUCAAGCAUUUACUGGGGAAUUUCGGAAUCGAAUUCAGGAUGGCGUCGUCGUCCACGUCCCCGUGUGCUGCGUGCAAGUUCCUCCGCCGCAAGUGCCAGCCGGAGUGCGUGUUUGCACCGUACUUCCCGCCGGACCAGCCGCAGAAGUUCGCCAACGUCCACAAGGUGUUCGGGGCGAGCAACGUGACGAAGCUGCUCAACGAGCUCCACCCCAACCAGCGCGAGGACGCUGUCAACUCGCUUGCCUACGAGGCCGACAUGCGGCUGCGGGACCCUGUCUACGGCUGCGUCGGGGUCAUCUCCCUCCUCCAGCACAAGGUCCGCCAGCUCCAGAUGGACCUCACCCGCGCCAAGUCCGAGCUCUGUAAGUACCAGAGCCUUGGCCUCGCCGCUGGCCACGGCCUCAUCGCCGCAGCUGCCGCCGCGGCCAACACCCACAACCACCCCCAGAACCUCGGCAUCAACCUCCUCGGCUCUGCUGCCGGCGCACGGGACCACCACCACUACCACCACCAGCACCAGAUGAUCCGGGGCUUCGAUGCAGGCCCCAACUACGACGCGGGCCUCCUCGCCAUGAACGUCUCCGCGAGCAUCGGACAAUUGGGGCAGUUCCACCAGCCGAGGGCUGCCGCCGGAGACGAUCGCCGGAACAUCGACCCCUCUUAGAGUAUGGAGUUAAAAACUACUCUCCUCCCUUUCUCAAGAAGCCUGUUGAUGGUUUUGAUUAAUCAUCGGCAAUAGGUUAAACGAAAACAUACCUAAUUUUGCUUACUGUUAGCAAGGUUUUGUGUGCGAGAUUUGCAUAAAGAUCUCUCUCUCUCUCUCUCUGGUCUCUCUCGUUGACCUUGCUAUUGAUGCUGUUGACACCUCAGUCAAUAUAGUUAGGGUUUCAAAGAAUUAUGUAAUUUGGUACGCUAAUUACUUUGGGGGGAACUUCUUGUUCUUACUUUGUUUUAUUUUGGACCGACUACAGUUUAAUCUAGCAACGUGGCAUUUUGAAGGUGU